AUGUUUUGAUGCGAGUGGCAAUCCCUUUGUCUUGAGCACAUCACACGCGACCAUCGCGUUAUACACGUGUUGGGGAGUUUCUCAUGAUCCCAUUGUGCGAGAAAUCAUCCCUGACGGACAACAGACGAAAAGAUCGGUGUGGAUUAUUAGCAGGCUCAUCAUGUCUGAAACGAUAUGUGGUCCUAUGCUAUCAUGUUGACCGCCAACAGUGGCUCACUUGCUUUGUCUCCUGUUCUAUACCUUUCUUCCGCUUUGACUGACCACCAGCCAGUAUAUAAUCAGCGGUUGAAAUGUUGUACAAGGAUAUCAUUGAUUUCUUUCCAAAUGGGCAGGACUUCUAAGAGAUUCUCGAUCCUUAGCCAUUUCAGCAUCGGACCGGAAGCCAACAUACAAGAGUCCAAGACUCAGGAGGUCGUAAAAGUGACCGGACAAUUUUUACCUUUCAAGCAAGAAGCCGUAUUGGAAAGCCAUAUGACACUUCAAAAAGCCGUACCGAAAGAGUGUAUUCAUGCUAGACUUCUUCUGCUUUCUCCUUUCCCCCACGAGGCACCUCCAUUUGCCAAGUCGGUCGCUUGGCUGUCUAGUGGUACCGGGUCUGUAAAUGUCGAAGUCUAUCGACUUUCCGGUGCGGAGAACCACUUUUUCCGACUAUACGUCGUAGCAUGCAGCUCAGGCGUUAGCCUCAAACUGCCACCUUUGUUCCGGGGAGUGAUAUCCAUCGUAGGAUACCGUGACGCUGAGACAAAAGACCGAAUGCGGUGCGCGCCUACGUUCUACAAGCGCGUGCGCCAGGGCUUGAUCAGAUUCGAGGGUAGACCGACAGAGGACGACGACGAGAUAUAUAUUCAUGCGGUGGGAAAAAUAGAUCUGCAAUUGAUGGACGAAGACAGCGGUAGACCUGAAUGGACGGGAAUGGGACGCUUGCGCCGAAUCAUCUUGAGGAAGAUUUAGUUACUUUUUCACGCUAUUUCCACGACGACUCCUGAUUCAGUACGAUUCAUCAUAGCCUCAUCUGAUACAUCCUUGUAUUACUACCAGCAUCAUUCAUUUUAGUCUAGACUCGUAAUAAGCCAUAAUGAUAUCAGUUACUGACUG